GCGGCGCAGCGCACCCGCGGCCCAGCCGCGGCCACUGCGGCAUCGCCGCGGUCACGCCGCCAUUCGAGAGGUGGGCUACCCAGCCCGAACCCCUGGCGAAGAAGCUCAUUGCCAAGACACUACCUCUCCCGAAGAGCGAGGCAGAAGCGCACAAGGUCUACGAGGUUUACGGCAAGCCUCCCACAGACCCAGCCGCGCAACGCCAGUACAAAGACGAGAUCAAGAGCCGCACAUACGAUUUUGCCAACCUCAUCUGUGCGGCCAGGCGGGCCAACAAGCCCUGCGACCAGGAGCUAAUAGAAGUUGCAGCACUCAAGUUCCUGAUGGGACUCACCGAGAAGCGCAAGGACCAGAUCCAGGAUGCCCCAGACUCCGAGGACGAAGAGCCCGACGACGUGGCCCAGGACCAUCAGGCAGCGGACGGCCCAGCUUCGCACAAUGUGGUUCCACCGCCACCCCCACCAGCAGCGCCUGGCAAUCAACUGACUCAGAUACAAGCACAGCUCGCCAUGCAGCAAAGCGUAAUCAGCCAGCUGCUGGGAUUAGUGCAGCCAGCCGCGGGGGCAUGCAUACAGGGCGUCCCUGGAGCCCCCCCGCCCGUCACGGGCGCGGUCCUGGCACCGCCUCCAGCACAUCUGAUCCAGCAGAUGCAGACUAUCACGCAGGGCACUUUCCCUCCCCAGCAAGUUUUCAGCCAGCCUCAGCAGACCCAGCAAGUGCACCAGGGCACGCCGGCGAGGUCCAAGUCGGCCAUGGGCCAAGCUUACAUGGCGGCGAAAGGGAAAGGCAAGGACGCCAGCGCAGUGGGGUUUACCCCAGAGGGGGCGGUAGCCCCCAUGGCAGUAGAUCAGAAGGGAGCAGCGCCUACAACGGCGAACCUUGCAGUGCCGCCCCCAGCCCAGGGGCCAGCGCACCCGCCAGCCCCACUCCCUGGAGGGCCAGGCCCCCACCAAGCCCAGCACGAGCUGACCCACGCCAUUGCGGCAGCAAAGGCCGCUGGGAUGGACCAUCCGACCCCAGAGACGGGGGGCUACAAGGACCCAGCGACGAUCAGGGAGCUGCACGCCCAACUGGAGGCAGCAAGGAGAACGGGACCGAGCCAGGCGGCGGUCACCGCGCAGUCGUCUCCGACCCAGCAGGUCGCACCGACCCCGCCAGCAGACUCGCAACCAACCAUAAGCUCACAGCUGCAGGGGUUGGACAGAGUUGUGCAGGCCGCCACGGACGCUUUCUUCCAGAAGCAGCGCGAACUCCAGGAGCAGGCGGAAGCAGCCAGAAUACCAUGCCCAACCUCUCCGCCCAGAGCUCCCCUGCACCGCAGCUCGCCUACCGAGCACUCCGUGCCAACAGCAGUGCCGAGUCCCAGCUCGCCACCAGGGCAGGCAGCCCAAGGGCAGCCACCAGCGGUACCAUCUCCCACAGAGGUCGAGGUUCCCAGCCAGAUGCCUUCACCGUCGGAGCCUACGCUGGUACGCAGCCCAGCCUUUGCCACAGCAGCGGGGUGUUCACCCACAGCGCCAUUCCUCCCGGAAGUCUACGCGCCAGGUUUCCACUCCGCUCCGACUCAGCUAGCAUCGCAGACUCAACCAGAGACCCAGGUUGCAGCACAGGUGCCUCCAGCACCAACAACGCCCGAGCGCCACCAGACAGCGGGUCUCAGCCCCACAUCGCCAGCCGACCCAGCGUACGGCCAGAACGCGCACGACUGGGGGCCGCUGGGGCAGCCACCAAGGAAGUCGGCGUGCGCACCAGGCACCAUGAAGGACGACAUCUGA